GUCAGGCACACACUGGUAUUGGUAUCUUAUUUCAAUUCUCAUUAAUCUUGGCUGAUCUUGGUACUUCUACACCACCUGUUCGCUAGGAACAAUAGUAUCUGGAACCAGAAAGUUUGAAGUCAACAAUGGACGAACCGUUACAGGUGAAUGAUCUCGUGGGUCUUUCGUCCUCUUCCUCAAGUGGGAGUUACUGCACGAGUGAAGCCAGUAUCGACAAUAAGUUGUUGGUGGAAAGCGGGUGCCAGGCUGGAAGAAGUUUUGUUGACAACAUCAGCAAUAAGGAAGCAGAUCUGCACGCGCAACGUAUUGUGUCUCAAGACGAUUGUUCAACAACAACAACUGUCCUAAGCACGAUGUCGAGGCAUGCUUUGUCUACAGAUAGACCUAACUCUCCACUGGUAGAAUCGGUCGUCAGGAAAGACGGCGCGCCAGAAAAACUGACACGGACACAAAAGGACGGACAAAAUACUAAAGAUAGAGAAAUGGAUUAUGUAAAUAAAGAUACAGAAAGUGAAAAAGAAAUGGAGUCGAUAGCAGCGAGUUUCCUACAGGCUAACGAUACUUCCGAUUUACGUCUAGUUUGUGAGGGUAAACCGCUGUACGUUUCACGGAUUGUGCUGUCCAUAGUUUCUCCCGUCCUAAAACAGAUGUUUGACAGUCGUUCCCGAGAACAGAGUGUCAUAGAAAUACCAUUACCAGGUAAAUCGUACGGAGACAUCUUAGAAUUUCUCUGCUGUGUCUAUCCGGAUAAAUUGAAACCAGUGACGG